CAACAGCGAUAAAGCAAUCUGCAACCUUAUUUCCUGCCUCUUUCCUGCUGAAGAAUUCUAUAUGAAAGGAAUUCUUUCUACUAGAAAUGGGUUUGCAUGAGAUUGAAACUAAUUUUUUUGCACUGCUAUGAAUGACUAGAGAACACUUUUUAAGCCUUAUAUUUUGCCUGGAAAAAUCUCUUCUUUUUUGGAUUCUAAUACUGGAAUUCUAACUGCAGGAGACCUUUGUUCCAUCACUAGAUGGGAUGCUUCUAGCCUUUUUUGUGGCAGAUAUUGUGCCACUCGCACAUGGACCUUGCUACCACAUUUUAUCUUGCUGCUAUCUGGGGCUCUGAGAAGAUGUUACGCCACCUGCCUUCUGUGCUCCAAAGGAAGUUUAAAGUUGUUAUUUUUUUUCUUCUCCUUUUGGCUGUCCUGAUACACAUUAUCUUGGAUUUAGCAUUUUCUUCUGGCCAUGGUUCCUCCGACUGUAGCCCCAAAACAAUGGAUCCCAUGGGCCUCCUGCCAGCCAAUCCCAUUUUAGGAAUCCAGAAUAAGCUGAACCUGAGGAUUCUACAGGACUUUAGUGGUAGUAAUGGCUCCCUAGAAAAAGGUUCUCAUUUUCUGGGAGGUACAUCAUAUCCAGGUGGCAGGAGCAAUACAGACCACCAAGAUCACAGCUUCAAGCAUCAAGAAGCCAACGUCUGGGGAGAUAAGUUCAAGCUUGCUGCUCUUUUUGAUCAUCCUCUCUAUAAGAUUCCAACACCAGCAGUUACAGCAAAAGACAAGCUGUUUGUUAUCAACUCCAAGAUUAAGUUCAAACUGAAAAGCAGUAGGAGUGAUGAAUGGAUGAGCAACAGUGCGGUAGACGUGGUCCAUCUAAUGGAGCAAAUGUCAAAGGAUGCCUACCCUCCUUGGCUUCAGUUUAACACAGGCAUCAAUCGUUAUGAACUGUAUGGCCGCAAUGACCCCACCCGUCAUGCCUUGCUAGAGGAUUUGGCCACACAGAAAAUUGUCAGUUCAGUCCAGAAGCCUGGAGGGACCCAACUGAAGAUAAUCAUGACCUUUCCCAACAAAGGCAAGGCCCUCUUCAAACCCAUGAAGCAGACUCGAGACCAGGAGACUCCAGCAGAUUUCUUUUACUUCUCAGACUUUGAACGUCAUAAUGCAGAAAUAGCAGCUUUUCACCUGGACAGGAUCCUGGAUUUCCGAAGAAUUCCUCCAGUUUCUGGCCGUUUAGUGAAUAUAGCAAAGGACAUCCGUGACAUCACGACUGACCAGAAACUGCUUAAAACUUUCUUUAUUUCACCAGCUGGCAACGUGUGCUUCUUCGGCGUAUGCUCCUACUAUUGUUCCACUGAACAUGCCUUGUGUGGCAAACCUGACCUGCUUGAGGGCUCCAUGGCAACUCUCCUGCCUGAUGAGAAACUGGCUAAGCGGCGCUCAUGGAGAAGUCCCUGGAGGCGUUCCUACUCCAAAUCCAAGAAAGCUGAGUGGGAGCUGAACCAAAAUUACUGCACUCAGGUACGACAGACCCCACCGUAUGACCAGACUUCCCGUCUUCUCAACCUCAUUGACAUGACUGUACUUGACUUCCUGAUGGGGAACCUGGAUCGCCACCACUAUGAGACCUUUGAAAAGUUUGGUAAUGAUACCUUUCUGCUUCAUCUGGACAAUGGCCGAGGGUUUGGAAGACAUUCCCAUGAUGAAAUGUCCAUUCUGGCUCCUCUCCAGCAGUGCUGCAUUAUAAAGAAAUCCACAUUCUCACGGCUGCAGCUGCUUGCCACAGAGCCAUAUCGCCUGAGUGACGUCAUGCGUGCGUCAUUAGCCACUGACCACUUGACACCAGUCUUGUUUGAGCCCCACCUGAGAGCGCUGGACCGCCGGCUCCAAAAGGUGUUGGAUAUGGUGAAGAGCUGUCUGAAGAAUGGAGAGGGCAAAGGAGUGCUGUUAGAUGACCAAGGACAACAGGCUGUGAUCUCAGAGCAAGAAGAAGAGAAGAGGAGUGCAGAAUGAAGGAAUUGGACACUCAGCCUUUUCAAACGCACCCCUCAGUUCUGACUCUGCAUCCAACAUAUUUGCUGCAGAAAAGUCACUGGGCGUGCUGUGCUUUUUUAAGACACGGGUUAGUGAGCAAACCUAUAGCAGAGAGGCCUAUAAUCAGUUAGGGAAAGAUAGGGAAUGGGGGGGGGAGGAGAAAUGGAAAAUAAAGAAUUGUCUGUAAAUAACACAA